UUAGCUCCAUAAUCACAUUACCCAGAGGGCCAGAGAAAAUUUUUCCUUUUUCAGCUUUUUAUUUUUUUAUUUUUCUUCUUCUUCUUCUUCUUCUUAAAACUUUCAACCUAGACAGACCUUGUAUCAUAGUGUCUUUGUCAAAUGUUUCCAUUCCACCACCAAAGAUAUGAGCUCGAAUUCCAAAUCUCCUCCGAUCCCCACCUAGAAGAUAUCAUGCAACAAGAUCUGAUUCUGUGUCAAAAAUCAUGGCUAGAGGGAUAUAAUCUUGCAAAAUAAUUGGAGGAAAAAAGAAAGGGGAAAAAAAAAAAAGCCAGCAACAUAUAUAUAUAUAUAACUAUGUCUACUUCGGACAACAGAACAAAUAGCAGCGAUAAUGAUGAGAAGAAGAUGAUGCGUAGGGACAAUGAACGUCAAAGAAGGCAGCAAAUGGCAUUACUCAAUGCUUCACUUCGAUCCCAGCUGCCUCUUGAAUCGAUCAAGGGAAAGCGCUCAGUCGCGGAUCAUAUUAAUGAGGCCGUAAAUCAUAUAAAUAACAUGAAGAACAAGAUCGAGCAACUCACAGUAGAGAAAGAUAAGAUUGAAAGUUCAUUAAAUAUCUCAACAAAUAGCCCCAAAAGUGAAACUAGUUCAGAUAAUAAGCAGUCUAACUCAGUUGUAAUUAGGCCUUGUUGGGGUGGAAUGGAGAUUGUGAUAAGUGGAGGCCUUAGUGGGGAGGAUUUGCCUCUAUCAAGUGUCCUUGAAGUACUAGUCCUCGAAGAAGGAUUGAAUGUGGUGAGGUGUGCUUCUACCAAAGCAAAUGGAAGGCUGAUUCACACAAUUCAGGCCGAGGUUGAUGAUAUAAAUCGUGUUGAUUUGUCUGAGCUGCAACAAAAACUAAGUAUGUGCAGCCGCGACUGACAUGACAGUAUUCUCUGGUUAUGGAGUAGUGUAUAUAUAUAUUUUCCUGCAUUGCUUUGGUCUGAACAUUGAUCACAACUCUUAAAUUUGGUUUUAAUAUCUGUGGGAACUUGUUGAUGGCUUUGAAGUGUUUUUGA